UUUAACAAGGCUGGGACAAAAUGAAGAAGCUGCUGCUGUAUGUGCACUUGACUAGAAUAUGGUUAAACACUAAUAAAAAUCGCAAGGAAACACUAGAGGGCAGCAAUACGCCCUGGACGCGCCUACACUGCUGAAAACAACGAAGAAGAAGAAGAGCGUACGCCAUAGUCCACCGGAGUUGGACGCUAUUUUGGAUCAUUUGGUUGGCACAUCGUUUAGCUCAGCUGUAACCUCACGACAGACUCCGCACAAACGAGGAAAGUGUUAAAAUCCACGAGCCGACAUUUGUUUGUGUCUUAAAAAGAAACGGAGCAGCGUCGGCGCCAGAGUCAUGUUAGCCUGCAGCUAAUGUUAUUUACUAAACAUCAACAGGAAGUAACCGCCUCACUUAAUUCCAUGUCUUGCACUGUGAAUUCUCCAGGCAUGAACUGUACCUUAGAGAAAAUCCUGGCAGAUGCCAAGUCCUUAGUGGAAAGACUUUGCAACCAUGACAAUGCUGCUGAGAUGCUAAUCGAGCAGACAACGUCGCUCAACAAGCGGGUGGAAGCCAUGAAACAGUACCAGGAAGAGAUUGAUGCGCUGAACCAGGUUGCGCGGCAUCGGCCUCGUUCCAGUCUGGUUCUGGGAAUCCAACAGGAAAACCGUCAGAUUAGAGACCUUCAGCAGGAAAACAAAGAGCUUCGGACAUCUUUGGAGGAACACCAGUCAGCAUUAGAGCUCAUAAUGACCAAAUACAGGGAACAAGUGUUUAGGCUUCUCAUGGCCAGCAAGCGGGACGACCCCGCCAUCGUCACCCAGCUGAAGGAGCAGCACACCACGGAAAUGCAAGCACAUAUAGACAAGAUCAACGAGAUGGCGUCUGUGAUGAGGAAGGCGAUAGAGGUGGACGAGGAGCGGACGUGCGAAGACGAGGAGAGGAUUAAACAGCUAGAGUUGGAGAACAGCGGACUCCGGGAGCUGCUAGGAAUCAGUCGUGAAGCUUUCCUGGUUCUGAAGAGAGAGGACCUGUCAGAGAGCACAUCACUGUCACCGCUUUUAACCAGCACUGAUGUCAGUUUAAGAAAAAGUUAGAGAAUAGUGUUACUGGUCAGCCUCCUCCCCCCCUGCCCCUACUGUAACCAGUACAGUGUACAGUGUGUACAGUCUGUCACCUCACACCACUUCACCCUGCUGGCUCUUGAGACGAAGAGUCUCCUGGUGCAUUUACAGCAUGAUGCUCUAGGACUGCGUCCCUGUCUGCUGAGUCAGACACGAGAGCUUCAGACCUUCUUCAUCUUUCUGUAAAAUCUUCUUAUUUUGCCAGCACGCGUGAGCCUGUGGUGUCUGCAAGGUUUUAAAGAGUGAAUGAGUAAAAGAAGGGAUUGAGUUCAAAUAAAUCUGUUAACGUGA